AUGGGUGCGGCCAUCCAACUGCCCUUUGUUGAGCACACCGUUCCCAGCGCAGCAUCUUCGGAUGACCGCGAAAGCCAGUCGGGGGCUUUGGAUUGGCAAGGCACCACUUUGUCAUUUGAAGUGCAUGGCAACCAGAUGCAUCAUAGCAUCUGGAGUCUUGGCCAUCGAUUUGGUGAAGCACAACACCCAGGACCUCACCAAAGCCUCGUUCUUGGAUGCACAAAUGGUGGAUUGCGCAACAAAGAGGCCCUUGCAGUGGCACAAGGACCUGGAAUCUGGACGUACUCGGAGACCCAUUUGUCUUCCAUUACACAAGUCUCAUCUGGGAAGGCCUUGAAGCAUGCCGCCCGGCAAGAAAACAGACUGCUGAGGCCAUUUUUCAGUGCACCAGCUCCAUUGCGCAGUCGUUCAGACUGGGCUGGAACCUGGACUGGGGUAGUUUGUACAAGUGAUUUUUGCUCUAAGCAGCUUCAAGUUGAAUGGCCACCAGAUUUGUGGAACUCUGGUCGCGUUUUGGCCACCCAGCAUCAAAUUGGGACCCACAGUAUCACUGUGGUGUCACUUUACGGUUUGCCCCGUGGUCCCACUUGGCCGCGUGCCGCAACGAUCAUGAAUGACAUCUUGGCUUUCAUCUCCAAGACCUUUGUUUUUGGCCACUCUGGCCUUGUGGCUAUAUGUGGGGACUUCAACUUUAGUCCUCAUGAGCUGGAGCAUUUCAACAUCUGGCGUUCAGCAGGGUGGUGUUCAGCACAAGAGCUGGCUACGACACGUUGGGACCAUGUUUGGACGCCAACAUGCAAAGGCGCCACUGAGCGGGACAUCAUCUGGCUUUCGCCAGCGGCAGCUUCAUUGUGCACUGGCCUCCAUAUCGAGGAUGUCUUCUGUGACCACAGCUCUAUUUCAGUCACACUGGACCUUGCCGAGGCUCCAACCACGGUCCUCACUUGGCCUCGCCCUCAAGAAAUCAAUUGGGAGCAGGUUGAUGUAGCAGGAUGGCAUGCACACUGUAGUGACUGCACCAUGGAGGUUGACCCUGACUCCACGGUUCAUAUGACCAAUUUUGCGCAGCAUUUUGAGAACUCGCUGAACGGCUAUGUGGGACAGCCUGGAAGCGACUUGCAGUCUGCUCAGAAGGGCCGUUCCAAGAGACUGAAACCUGCCAAGCAGACACUACAACCAACAACAUGCCGUGCCAGCCGACCGGGCGAAGUAGCCUUGACCCAGGAUCUGGUGGGAACAGCAGUGCUCCAAUGGUUUCGACAGUUACGAAGAAUACAGUCAUACUGCCAUUCGAUCAAGGCAGGGCGACUGCACAAUGAAGCAGUAGUCUACAGAGCCGAGCUGUGGACUUCAAUCAAGCGGGCGUCUGGCUUUCAACAUGGCUUUGCCUACUGGUGGGAUCAGCAGGAAUUUUUCCAUGCUGUUGGUCCAUUACCAUUGCACCCUCCGGGCGCUGCCAUUGCCAAGAGGAUCUAUGAAGCUUUUCACCAUGCAUUUCGAGCUUUUGAGCGUUGGCACUUAGCGCAGAAGAAUCGACUGAUCCAGACCAAAUAUGAAAAGGCAACUCAAGCCAUUUUCAAGGACCUGCGCGAUCCAUCACCAGACCAGAUUGACAGCCUGUGGACUUCAAAGGCUUACCAAGUGAUCGCAGUGCGAGAAGAAUCCAAAGCAGUUCUUCUUGAUGAUGGCAUCCGGCCUCUGCCGGGAUCAACAUGGUAUCACAACGGCUGUGGGCUAACCGUUGAUGGAUACAUUGAUGAAAUGUUGGUCUUCAAACAUUUGCCUCUCACAUCGGAUGUGGGUUUUGCAGAGGGCGACCCUUUGAGCGUUCCGGCAAUGGCCAUACUUGAUUGGGCACUUCAUGUUUAUCAGUCUCAGUAUGCUCCAUUGACAAGGACCAUGUCAUUUGUUGACAACAUUUCUAUGCUGUCACGGCAAGUCAUGACUUUGGUUUGGGCGUUCUUCUCCUUGCAUGCCUUUUUGGAGCUCUGGGGACUGGAGAUUGAUUUGGACAAAUCAUACUCAUGGAGUACUACCCCACAAACCAGGGCACAACUUGCACCACUGGGUCUGCGAGUUGUAGAGGACGUUUCAGAGCUUGGAGGAUCUCUGACUUUUAGCUCUGCCGCAAGGGUCAGGAUCUUUUUGAAACGGGGUGCCAAACUUGAACAGAAAUGGGCGCGCCUCCGUAUUUCGAAGGCGCCCUUGGCUCAAAAGUUGAUGGUAUUGCCCAUGGUUUUUUGGGCAUCAGCAUUGCAUGGAGCUUUGGGCUGUAUCUUUGCGGAGAGCCAUUUGCACCAUUUGAGGAAAAAGGCUGUGGCAGCAUUGGGGCUCAAAACAGGUGGAUCCAAUCCACUCUUGCGGCUCACCCUGGCACAACCCCAUACUGCUGAUCCAGGUUUUUAUCAUUUGCGACACUGCAUUUUUGAUUUCAGACGUAUCUGCAGUAAAACUCCAGAUCUCACGGUGCAAUGGCGUCAGUUCAUGCGGCUCUACAGUGGGCGUAAACUACCAGGGCCAUUCUACAAGAUUGUUGAGCUCUUUAGCCAGAUAGGUUGGUCUAUAGUGGUUCCUCCAUUUUUCACAGAUCAUGAUGGCUUUGUUCACAAUUUGUAUGAUGUGCCAAACUCCACUUUGGAUGCACUGCUUUUUGAUGCGUGGCUCCAACAUGUUGCUGUUCAAGUGCAGCACCGCAGAACCAUGCAUGACCUUUGCGGCAUUGAUCCUGAGUUGACACUCUUGGACCGUGCUCAUAUGACAGCAUUGGAACUGGGAAGAACCAUGGCAUUGCAAUGUGGGGCGUUCCUUUCGGAUUGGCACCAAGCCAAGUUUGAUCCAGCUAAGCAGCAAAUCUGCCAGCUAUGCCUGGUUCCAAACACACAGCGGCAUUGGUUUGUCUGCCCCCAUUUUGACAAUGUGCGUACCGAGAUCAUGGAACCCUUCAACUGGAUUUCCGAAAUCCCAGACUGCACGGUCUCACAUUUGUUGGUGCCGCGGAACCCCUAUGCGGUGGAGUUCAAAUCUUACUUCCUGUCACUGGAGGAUGCCACCGGCAGUUUCCAUUCGGAACCAGGAGAGGGUUUGCAAAAUCUUUUUUCAGAUGGUUCCUUUUUCCCAGGAAUACCCAAAAUAGCAGGGGUUGGGGCUUGGUCGUUAGUCAAUGCCACAAGUGGACAAGUGAUUGGCGCUGGCCCUCUGCAUGGCUUGACGCAAAGCAUUGCACGAGCUGAGCUAUGCGGCGCCCUUGCGGCCAUCAAGUGGGUUGCGCACUUCCAGACGAUGGCGUGCCUGUGGUGCGACUCCAAGCAUGUUGUUGAUGGCCUACAAGCCCUUUUGGAUGGACGCUGGACGACUCAGGACUCAAUCUGUGAAAACCAUGACCUUUGGCAACAAGCUGAAGCAAUGCUCGCAGACAUCCCUGACGGGCACUUUCAAGUGAAUUGGACUCCUUCACACCUGGACUUUGUUCAAUGUGAAUCCACCUGGGAGGAAUGGCUGGCGACUUGGAAUGCCAUUGCAGAUAGUUUGGCUGUUUCCGUCAAUGAAGCUCGCUCAUAUGAGUACAACGACUUGCAGUACAAGGCUCAGCAACGCUCUGCUCUCUGGUCAGAAAGACUGCGCCUUAUCCGAAAGUUUUUCUGGACAGUGGCAGACAGUAAAGCACGGGACGAAGAAGUGAUCGAUUUGACGGCCAGUGAGGUCAGACAAAGUUUAGGAAAUCCUCUGACUUGGCGCGGCCGAUCUGAGACCAGAGACAUUGGCGGCGACUGCACCGCUUGCACUUGCUUGCUGUGCAUGGCCGCCACGCAAAGCAGUCCGUGA